ACAACGUGUAAAAUUUUUGAGGUGCGCCUAGUUUGAUUGUUUAGAACCUCGCACUUAUAUAAACUUUUUUCCAUUGUAAAUCUUAAUCCUAAAAUAACUGAAACCUAAAUCUUAAUUCUAAAAUAACGGCAAGUAAAUCUCGUGUAGAUAUCCUAAGCAACCUACUUCAUCAUACCCCUAAUAAGGUGGUAAAUCCCCUAAUGAACCUAAAUCUUAAUCCUAAAAUAACGGCAAGUUAAUCUCGCUUAGAUAUCCUAAGCAACCUACUUCACCGUACCCCUAAUGAACUGGUAAAUCCCCUAACGAACCUAAAUCUUAAUCCUAAAAUAACUGCAAGGAAAUCUCGUGAGCCACGUACUUCAUUAUAACCCUAUUGAAGUGGUAAAUCGCUUAAUGAAGUGGCCCGUUUGUUUCUUGAGUGGAUAAGUAGCAUGUAGAGGUUACUCAUUACUCCAAAUUUCAAAGCUUUCUCUCUCUAAAAGUGGGCCAUCUCCCUCUGAAACUGGGUACAGGUUUGGUGAUCUCUCAACCAGGUUUUCUCUCUUCUCUUCAACAAUCUCUCAACCAGGUUUGAGGACCUCUCAACCAGGUUUGAGGACUCUCUUCUCAUGGCAGACUGUUGGCCUGUUUUGGUACAAAUAGUGAUGCAAUUCCUUUGGGCUGGUAAUUUUCUGGUUAACAAGAUGGCCCUCACCCAAGGAAUGAGCACCCACGUCUUUGUCGCAUACCGAGCAGCCAUGGCUACCAUUGCCCUUGCUCCUCUUACUUAUUUUGAGAGAAAAAAGAGGCCCCCUCUUGAUUGGAGACAAGCGUUUCAAAUAUUCAUGCUUGGUCUGAUAGGGAUCACAGUGGCCCAAAACUGUUACAUAAUAGGGCUUUACUACACCACUCCUACCUUCUCUGCGACGUUCAUCAAUCUCAUCCCCGUUAUCAUCUCACUCGUUUCCAUGAUUUUGAAAAUGGAUAUUCUUGACUUGAGGAGCAAGAGUGGGUGGGCAAAGAUCAUGGGAAUACUGGUUUGUGUGGCAGGUGCAAUGACAAUUACAUUGUACAAGGGCCAGUCCCUCAACAUAUUCAACCAUGUUAGAGCACCUGAUUCUAUUGCAAAAUUUUUCUCGACACCCCAUUCUACGGAUCCAUCCACCGAUCCCUCAAAGAAAAACUGGGUCUUGGGCCCAAUUUUCAAUGUAACAUGUGUUAUUGCUUGGUCUGUGUGGGUCAUAUAUCAGGCAUGGGCUUUCAAAGAUUAUCCAGCACAUGCAUCUCUUUCUGCAAUGGUAUGCUUAUGUGCUACUGUUCAGUCUGCAAUAGUGGCCUUGAUAUUCGAUAAGACCAAAGGUUGGAAGCUCGGCUGGGACAUUCACCUCUUUACCUAUGCCUACAGUGGAAUUUUGGGCUCCGCUAUGGGAAUCCUUGUCCAAACUUGGUGUAUUAAGAAGAAAGGCCCCAUCUUUGCAGUGAUAUUCAAUCCUGUGAGUACCGUGGUGGUGGUUAUCCUAGAGCCCAUACUGUUUCGCGUCAAAAUUCAUGUUGGAAGUUUGAUUGGAGCAACCUUGGUCAUUCUUGGACUCUACUCUGUACUCUGGGCCAAAGCAAAGGAAAGGGCGAAAAUGCAGAAGGAAAUGGGGAAAAUGGAUAAUAGGACAGCACAAGAUGGCCGAAAAGUGGCAGUCAAUGAAAUAGAAGAUGGUGGAAAUGGCACUGUCCUUUGCGCCCCAAAAGAAAGGGGGAAAAUGGAUAAAAUGGGUAAUAGUAUGGCACAAGAUGGCCGAAAAGUGGAACUCAAUGAAAUAGAUGAAAGAAAUGGCACCCUAGCACAACAUGGUGCUGUGGAAGGUGAUAAUAAAGACGACGGUAUAAUGGAAAUCGGAUAGUAAUAACAGAUGGAAAGAAUAUGAGACAUCCUCUCGAAUUGGAAACGAGACAAAGAAGAGCUCCUUUUGGUAUGUAUUUAUUAGAAGGGAAAUGUACAAAUGGACUCUCAAAGCUUGUAUGACAUUUUUAAAUGCUAUUGUACAAGUAUUCACCGGUUA